GAGUAGUUAGUAUACACGACUGUUCACCAAGUUCCAAUAUCUUUCGACACCACGGCCGACACGACCAACCACUUGACGAGCCCAAGGACAGAUGUACCAGCAAGCAAAAGAAGGUGGAAGCUACACGUCGACGGUGUAUGGCCACAUCCGCGAUCAAAAGUAUGACGAAGCGGUGCGUAUCUUACAGAUCGAGCUGCAGAACCACCCGUGCAGUCGCGCAGCGUUGUCGCUCUUGGGGUACUGCUUCUACCACAUGCAAAGCUUCCACAACGCCGUGUCCAUGUACGAGCAGCUAUGCAAGUUGUUUCCCGACAUCGAAGACUACCAUUUGUACUACGCCCAAGCGCUAUACAAGGCAGGUCAGUACGACGCCGCGUCUCGAAAGGCCAGUCAGCUCGAGAGCGAACAGUACAGCCACCGCGUGGCGCUCCUUCGGGCGGCAGUCUACUACGAGCAAAACGACAUCAAAGCCACGCAGUCGAUCCUCGACCAGUGCCUUCGCGACGAUCCUACCACGAUUGUCUUUGACGGCGCCAUCGACUUUAAGGAAGGCCGGUUCGAAGAGGCAAAGAAGAAGUUUGGAGAUGCCAUGAACGUCCUCGGGUACCAGUCGGACUUGUGCUACAACAUUGCGCUGUGCUUUUUUCGGCUCAAACAAUACGGCAACGCCAUGCGCCAGAUCGCUGAAAUCAUUGAAAAGGGCGUCCGGGACCAUCCCGAGCUAAGCGUGGGCAGCAAAAGCGAGAGCAACUCGGACGUCAAGAGCGUGCGCAACUCGACCGUCCUGCGGGAAACCGCCCUCGUUGAAGCGUUCAACUUGAAGGCGGCGAUCGAAUACGACAUGAAAAACUUCAAAGGUUCGCGCGAUGCCCUCCUGGACAUGCCGCCUCGCGCCGAAGAAGAGCUUGACUCGGUGUCGCUGCACAACUUUGGCCUGAUGAACAUGGACGUGGACCCGAACAGCGGGUUUAAAAAGCUCAACUUUUUGCUGCAAAACCCACCGUUCCCCGUCGAAACGUUUUCGAAUCUGCUGAUUCUGUACAUGAAGCACGGAUUCCACGACCUCAUGGCGGACGUCCUAGCCGAAAACACGCACUUGACGUUUCAGUUGCUGUCCAAGGACUUUUUCGAGUUUGUCGAUGCCAGUGUCACGCUGCAAACGUCCCCCGAGGAAGCGUAUCGCAAGUACGACGACCUCGCCACCAAGCACGUGGACGUCCUGCGUAAACUCACGCAGAAGAUCCAGGCGGCGCGUAUUGCCCAAUCGAAUGACGAGAUUAAACUCUCGCUCAAGGCGUACGACGACGCGCUCGAAGACUUUAUGCCGGUGCUUAUGGCACAGGCCAAUAUUUAUUGGGAGAGAGCCAACUACGCCCAAGUCGAAAAGAUAUUUCGACAGACGGCCGAGUUUUGCUCCGAGCACGAAAGCUGGAAGCUCAACGUGGCGCACGUGUUCUUCCUUCAAGGCAACAAGUACGAACAGGCGAUUCAGUACUACGAACCGUUUGUUAAGAAGCACCAAGAGAAUUUACUCGAAGUGCAAGCUAUCAUUUUGGCCAAUUUGUGCGUAUGUUAUGUCAUGAACACGGACAACGAAAAGGCCGAAGAGCUAUUGCGGUCGAUUGAGCGCGAAGAAGAGGAGGAGGCGACGCGGGACCCGGACAAGCGCUUGUUUCAUCUGUGCAUUGUCAACCUUGUGAUUGGCACGCUGUACUGCUCCAAGAACAACUACGACUUUGGCAUUUGCCGCGUCAUGAAGAGCAUGGAGCCGUAUCAUCGCAAGCUAGGCACGGACACGUGGUACUACGCCAAGAGAUGUUUUCUCGGCCUAGCGUUGACGUUGGCCAAGCACAUGACCACUAUUCGAGACUCGACCAUGGCCGACAUUCUCGAUUUCCUCGAUGCGGCCGACACGCACGGCAAAGACAUCCCCACGACCACGGGGAUGGAAGCGACGGCCGGCAACAACGAACUGCCGCCGCAUACAGUCAGCUACGAAGCGCGCGUGAUCAAGCGCAUGUUUCUCAAGUUGCGCGGUUAAAUUCGUGUCAUGACAGUAGAAACGUCCUCCUUCGUGGUCGACUGCAUACUGUACAUAAGAUGAUAUUCAUGUACAUCAAUUCCAUUGCAA